AGUACAUCUCCGUUGUACAAAUUAGGGUUUACCUAUAAAGGCGGAUCUAUGGCGGUCUGUGUAGGCUUCCACUCUUGAGGAUUCUCGCUCGGCGUGCAGAUCCUCUGGGUGACGCCGCAUCUAGCCGCUGCUUGGGAAGAUGACGAAGCGCACCAAGAAGGCUGGAAUUGUUGGGAAAUAUGGUACCAGAUACGGUGCAAGUUUGCGGAAGCAAAUCAAGAAGAUGGAGGUUUCGCAGCAUGCAAAGUACUUUUGUGAAUUCUGUGGAAAGUUUGCAGUGAAAAGAAAAGCAGUUGGGAUUUGGGGUUGCAAGGACUGCGGCAAGGUCAAGGCCGGUGGUGCUUAUACAUUGAACACUGCUAGUGCGGUGACAGUAAGGAGCACUAUUCGUCGCCUGAGAGAGCAAACUGAAAGCUAAGGAGAAGUGAGGGACACAAUGCAAACAAUCAAGCAAUUCCAGAGCAGACUAGUUUGUUUUUUUACAAGGCAUUGUAUUCUAAGUUCUAACCCCCAUGUUCUUAUGCUACCCGCUGAAUAUUUUCUUGGCUUUGCAUUGACAAAGAAUUAAGUUUGGUUUCUUCAGAAUUUGUCUUAAUAUCGUGGAUACGCAUUGUUUAGCUUCUA